UUUGACUUAAAUUGAAAACAAAAUAAUAACAAAACCAAUGCCUUGGUUGAAUUUCGUCUGCUCGCGCAUCACGCUAACACAUUAAUUAUAGAAUCAUUUAAAUAUCAUCUUUUCUUUAUUAACUGAGAGUAUUAAAAAAAUCAGCAAUGUUUGAUUCAUAUUCUGAUGCAGAUGAUAGUGAAAAGGAUAUUGAUUAUGAACCGUCAAGUGAUGAUUUAGAAGAUGUAGAAGAACAAAACGAAGAAUCAAACUGUGAAGCACCUGCUCAAGAUAAAUUCAUCCCUGAUAAAAUUUACAAAGAAAAAGUGUGGAAUAAUUUUUUGGCUGAUUCCCAUUGUGAUUCUUUCAAUAAUUUAAAAUCAUAUGUUAAACUAUCCGAAAGCGAUUCUUCUAAACAAACUGACUAUGACAAAUACGAAAUUGAAAGUGAAAACAACUAUUCUAAACUACUUAAAAAAAAUACCAACUCACAAUCACAUUCAAAAGAUUCCUCUAAAGCUGUGAUAGGUGUAAAAAGACAUUCUAUAUUGGGUACAGUAAUUGGUAAAAUUAGUAAAAAAACAAAAACUUCAACACUUCAAAAGUCAAUUGAUGACUGGAACUCCUUUAAACGUGAAGAAGGUAUAGAAGAUUCUCUCCGCAUAUAUAAUAGAGGCAAAGGUGGUUACAUUCAAAAACAGGCUUUUCUUCUGAAAUCUGACUUAGCUUCUUUUAAAAAAGAAAGAGAAUUAAGACUUUCAAAGAAGUAAUUGUUUGUAAUGCAAUUGUAGAAAUAGAUAGAAUCAGGUUUAAUAAAUACUUUUGUUGUGAUAAUAAA